AUGAGCGACUCCUCUGUCAGAAAGAUAUGUCACUACAGCCCUAGUAACUACAACACCAGCAACUACUACCACAACAUCAACACCAACUACUACUACAACACCUACAACUACAACAACGACAACCACAACACCAACUACUACGACGACGCCUUCAACAACAACUACAACAACAACACCAACUACUACAACAACGACAACCACCACAACACCAACAACAACAACACCAACUACUACAACAACACCUACAACUACAACAAUGACAACCACAACACCAACUACUACGACGACGCCUUCAACAACAACUACAACAACAAUACCAACAACAUCGACUACUACACCAACUACUUCAACAACAAAACCAACUACUACAACAACACCUACAACUACAACAACGACAACCACAACACCAACUACUACGACGACGCCUUCAACAACUACAACAACAACACCAACAACAUCGACUACUACACCAACAACUACAACAACACACCAACUACUACAACUACAACAACGACAACCACAACACCAACUAUUACGACGACGACUUCAACAACAACUACAACAACAACACCAACAACUACAACAACAACACCAACUACUACAACUACAACAACAACAACCACAACACCAACUACUACGACGACGCCUUCAACAACAACACCUACAACAACGACUACUACACCAGCAACUAUUAUAACAACACCAACUACUACAACAAUACCUGCAACUACUACAACACCAACUACUACGACGACGCCUUCAACAACAGCUACAACUUCUACAACAACGACUACUAUACCAACAACUACUACAACAUCAUCACCAACUAUUGCAACAACACCUACAGCUACAACAGCAACUACGACAACCACAACACCAACUACUAGGAAGUCGCCUUCAACAACACGUACAAUGACUACAGUAACAACGACUACUACACCAACAACUACUACAACAACACCUACAACUACAACAAGCACAACAACAAGCACAGCAACAACCAUGAUACCAACGUCUGUGACCUAUACACCAGAAACAACUACAACCACAACAACAACAACAACAUGGUAUUUGCUGAAACUGUUGAAAAAUGGAUCGCCACAUUCAAGGGUUGUGAAUGCGUGGGGUAUCUCAUUGCUGCUGAUUACCUGUUUCGUCCUACUACGUUUGAAGGAUGUAGCGAAUCCCCUUUUGCCUUCAUAA